AUGGCCGACGCUCGCCUGCUGGAGGAGCUCGAAAAGUUCGCUACGCGGCCGGAUAUCCUAAUCAUGGGCGACUUUAACGCGCCCCAUAUUGACUGGAGCUCAACCCAUGCAAAUAGCUCAGAACAGACCUUCGAUUGGAGUUUUCUGAACACGGCACUGAAGCUAUUUCCCACUCAACACGUCAUGUUACCAACUAGAGUACGCGAAGGCCAACAAGCCAACUGCCUUGAUCUUGUCCUUACGAAGUCACAGGACAGCAUUGAUGAGGUGUCAUGCCUACCCCCCUUAGGUAAAAGUGACCACGUCGUUCUUCUAUGGGAUUACUCGCUUUUUUCCAUGCCCAAGAAACCCGGGGCAGUUAGAAGAAACCUUUGGCGCGGGGAUUUCGAUCAAAUGAGGGCUGAAAUUUUACGCAUUGAUUGGGAGUCCAUAUUUGUUGGGAGCAUACUCGAAGACUGGCAACGGUUCCGAGAAAUUCUGCACGAGCUGAUCGUAAACCACUGUCCGCUUUCACGGAAGAGGUUAACUAACAGACCUCGAUGGCUUACGCAAGCCUUGAAGAAUGAAGUGAAUAAAAAACGACGGCUGUGGAAAAAAAUUGCUUUCUGACAGGAGCCCCACAUCUAUAUGCGCGUACAAAAUUCAAAGAAAUCGAGUCAAGGGUCUUAUCCUCAAAACCAGAAAAGAAUUCGAACGGGAUCUGCUUAACCGUGCCGCGGAGAACCCUAAAAUAUUCUACGGUUACAUUAGGCAGUGCACGCGGAACAAGGACCCAAUACCCCUGAUAAGGACUGCUGAAGGCGAACAUCUCACUGACGACAGGGCGAAAGCUGAUCACCUUUCAGAAUUUUUUCGGUCUGUUUUUAGUAGCGAAACAGAAUUCAACCCGUCGGCCCCUCAAUCCUUCGAAGACACCCCAAUUAUAGAGACCGUCCAGUUCACUGAGGGUAUGGUUCUGACGGAGUUGCUGAGGCUAAAAGAAUCCAAAUCACCAGGUCCCGAUGAGAUUCCGGCGAAGAUUUUGAAGGAACUCGCCGGUGAGUUGUCUAAGCCACUCUCCAUGCUUUUCCAUACAUCCUUCGAGACCGGAUAUCUGCCACCCAACUGGAAGUCGGCGUGGAUUACGCCGCUGUACAAGGGCGGAAGUCGGGUCUCUGCGAACAAUUACAGACCGGUCAGCCUCACCUCCAUUUGCUGUAAGAUUGUGGAGAAGAUAAUAAAGCAACAACUAAUGCAGUUCCUUGAACAAAACCAUUUGCUUUCUGAUUCUCUGCAUGGAUUCCGAAAAGGCAGAUCCUGUGUGACAAACCUGCUCUACUGUCUGGAACACUGGACUAGGGCUGUUGAUAGAGGAGAUAUGGUGCAUGUCAUCUAUAUCGACUUUAAAAAGGCCUUCGAUAGUGUGCCUCAUCACCGCCUUCUAUACAAACUUAGCCGUGCAGGAGUGCGGCGUAAGCUUCUGAUGUAAAUUCGGAGCUUUUUAAUCGGCCGCUCUCAAGCCGUCCACGUCGGUGACCAACAAUCUGCCGAGGUUGCCGUUAAGAGUGGUGUUCCCCAAGGCUCUGUUCUUGGCCCUACGCUGUUCCUCGUAUACGUCAAUGACUGCGCAAACGAACUGAAUUGCGAUUACGCGAUGUUUGCUGAUGACAUAAAGAUCUGGAGUACCAUACGAAGCGAAGUUGACGAGGCGCGACUGCAGACAAAUCUGGACCACCUCGAGCAAUGGUCGAAAGACUGGCUUCUACCGUUCAACGUAAACAAGUGUACUUUCCUACGCGUCGGCAGAACCAGUUCCCCUAACCACACGGUCUACCGUCUGACUGGCAAACCACUGCAAGAAGUCGACGCCCAGAAGGACUUGGGCGUAUGGAUCACAACCUCGCUUAAGCCUUCGCUGCAAUGUUCAAAGGUGGCCAAUUCGGCGAUGUCCAUGCUAUACCUUGUCAAACGGGCGUUCUCCUCCUUUGAUGAAGACUGCUUCGCCAAGGUCUUUCAAACUUUUGUGCGACCGCAUCUGGAGUUUGCUAUCCAAGCAUGGCGACCCUGGACCGCUAAAGACUUGGGCAUACUCGAAAAAGUUCAACGGCGAGCAACGAAACUUGUAUCUGGGCAGUGGUCACUACCCUACGAAACACGAUUAGCUAAUCUUGACCUCUUUCCUUUGAGUUACAGACAGCUACGUGGGGACCUGAUACAAGCUUUCCGCAUCGUGCGCAAUCAGGGCUGCUGCCUCGCGUUUGGAGACUUCUUCGAGUUGGCGACUACGACUAACCUGAGAGGCCAUCCACUCAAACUGCGUGUGGCUGGUGUCCGGCUAGACACCCGAAAGUUCUUCUUCUCCAACAGAGUGGUUGCAGCUUGGAACGCCUUGCCUGAGGAUGUUGUUAUGUCAGGCUCGGUAGAUACUUUUAAAUGGAGACUAGAUCAGCAUUGUAGCGCGCACCACAAUAACGCCGGACUACGGCCACCUUGA